CCUUCAACUAUCUUAUAAGAGUACAUAGCAUAAUCAAUAAAUGCAACUGUAUGAAACUUCCAGAAAGUCUUAUUAGACUUAUUAUUAAACUUAUUAUUAAAGUCUUAUUAUGUAUAGUCUAACAUGACAUUGUAUUUCUGAGCUCAAACAACCCUUCUGAUUUAGCCUCUUAGUAGUUUUUCAAAUCAUUAGUACAUUUAAUUGAUUUUGAUCAGAAAAUGUGUGUAGCAAUAUACUAGAGAUAAUCAUGCCCAAUCAUAAAAUAGACUUAGGGAAUCUAUCAAUCAAAAUCAUUUUCUUAUUACAAACUACAGUUGGAAUUUUGGGAAAUUUCUAUCUUCUUAUACUACAUCUAGUCUACUAUGCAGAAUACACUUUAAAGCACACAGCUUUGAUUCUCAUGCACCUCUGGGGAGCCAAUGCCUUGAUAGUUCUUUCUACAGGAGUGCCCUACACAAUGGCAGCUUUUGGGUUGAAGCAGUUUUUAAAUGACUUUGGCUGCAGAUUAAGUUUGUACAUUCAAAGACUUGGUCGGAGUGUGUCCAUUGGCACCACCUGUUUUUUGAGUGUCUUCCAAGCCAUCACCAUCAGUCACAGAGAAUCUUGUUGUAAAGAUCAAAAAGCCAAAGUUGCAAAGUAUAUUGGCUUCUCCAUUUUCCUUCUCUGGGUUUUGUCCAUCUUUAUACAUUUCAUUUUCUUUCUGGAAAUAUUUCUCAAAAGGAAUAGCAAAAACAUGACAAGGAAGCUAGAUUUUGAGUACUGCUCCUAUGUUAACCAUUUUGAAAUUAAUCACUCAGUUUAUGCAGCAUUAGUGAUGUGCCCUGAAAUCUUCUUUUCUGUGGUCAUUGCCUGGUCCAGUGGCUCUAUGACUGUCAUUCUAUACAGACAUAAGAAGAGAGUUCAACACAUCCACAGCUCUCAGGUUUCCAGAAGAAACUCCCCCGAAUCCAGAGCCAUCCAGACAAUCCUGUCCCUAGUGUUUUUCUUUCUGGCUUUUUACACUCUCUCCUCCAUCUUACGAGGUUACAUUGCUCUCGUGCAUAAUCCAAGUUGGUGUCUGGUGAUGGUCAAUCGCCUCACUUCUCUCUGUUUUCCAUCUUUUGGACCUUUUGUUCUUAUAAAUAAUUACUCUGUUAGGCCAAGACUAAGUUUGGUCUGGAUGAGAAAUAUCAACCCUUAAUCUUAUUGUAAGUAUUUAAAUCAUAUAUUUUGCUUACUAUUCGUUUUUUUAGCUCACAUUCUUUCUCAAAAGUUCAAUGCAGAGAAUUGAACUCCUCAGUAGUUCCUUGAUUUUUAUAGGGAACAAAAAGGAGUAUGGGAGUUUUGUCAGCUGAUUGAUUCUAAAUGUACUGAUCAUAUUGUAUGAGUCCUGUCAUACUCUUAAGAGUCUUCCCUUUGUCUACUGGAUGUGCAAAGAAGCCUGCAAGGAGUACGAAGAGGAAAGGGCAAAGGAUAAUAUUGAGGACAAUGAAAAGAAUGAGGUGAAGGUGAAGUUGGUGAAGGAAAAAAAGAGCAGAAGGAUGA